AUGAAGCUUCUGUCAAGCGCUCGCUUUGUUAUAGGUCUUUUGCUAGCUGGUGACUUUUGCCAAUCGCGACAGGUACCAAAAAAAGACCAUUUGGCAAGAAGUUAUUUUGCGGUAGAGAGCUACCUAUCACCUCAAAGACUUCGAGAUCUGUAUCCAGAAUGGCAGUUCGAACAUGCGGCGCGAGGACUUGAAAAUCAUUUCGUGUUUUCGGUGCGAAAGGAUGAUCUACAGAAAAGAUCCCAAUAUGAUGACCUGGAAGGCGUGGUUUCAUACCAUAGCUUACUGCCCAAAACACUUCAAAAAAGACUUCCCAUAGAUUCAAGUCUGCAACCACUGCAGGAUGCCAAAGACCGUUUGACCAUCGAAGACCCUUUAUUCGACAGACAGUGGCAUCUCAUCAACACGAAUUUCCCAGGACAUGACGUUAAUGUUACCGGACUUUGGUAUGAAAACGUUACCGGCCAUGGCAUUGUCGCAGCAAUCGUGGACGAUGGACUCGAUUUCGAAAGUGAAGAUCUCGCAGAUAAUUUCUCCGCAGAAGGGUCCUGGGAUUUUAAUGACAACGAUCCAAUGCCAAGACCAAGACUAAGCGAUGACUAUCACGGUACAAGAUGUGCUGGCGAAAUAGCUGCUGUCAAAAACAAAGCCUGCGGCGUUGGUGUGGCUUAUGAUGCCAAAGUUGCAGGUAUACGAAUUCUUUCUGGUGAGAUUACCGCAGAGGACGAAGCUGCGUCAUUGAUUCACGCUUUGGAAGUAAACGACAUUUAUUCGUGUUCAUGGGGUCCACCUGACGAUGGUAGAUCUCUUCAGGGACCAGACGACUUGGUUAAAAAAGCAUUGGUAACAGGAGUCACGAAAGGGAGAGAUGAAAAGGGAGCGCUGUAUGUUUUCGCUAGCGGGAAUGGUGGCAUGUUUGAGGACAACUGCAACUUCGAUGGCUACACGAACUCAAUCUACUCGAUUACAGUUGGUGCUAUUGACCACAAAGGUUUACAUCCCCCUUACUCAGAAUCUUGUUCCGCCGUUAUGGUUGUCACCUACUCAUCUGGUUCUGGAGAGCAUAUUCAUUCCACAGAUAUAAAUGGUCGCUGCAGUGAUACUCACGGCGGAACUUCCGCAGCUGCCCCACUUGCCGCAGGCAUCUAUUCCUUGGUCUUAAGCGUUAACUCUAAUUUGACUUGGAGAGAUGUCCAAUACCUAUCUAUCCUGUCAUCCGUACAGAUCAAUGUUGAGGACGGCAACUGGCAGGACGCAGCCCUUGGAAAGCCUUACUCCCACAAAUAUGGAUACGGGAAGCUCGACGCAUACAGAAUAGUUGACCUGGCUCGUAACUGGGAGAAUGUCAAUCCUCAAUCCUGGCUGUACCUACCUACUGAACAGGUAGGAACAUCCACUAACUCUACGGAGGAAACCCUUGAAUCCUCAGUUAAAAUUAGUGAUGCACAACUGAAAGAUGCAAAUAUGAAGCGCAUCGAGCACGUCACUGUUACUGUCGACAUUGAGGCAACCUUUAGAGGACGUACUACCUUGGAUCUGAUUUCGCCUGGUGGAGUGAUAUCGAACUUAGGGGUCACUAGAAGAAAUGAUAAUUCGCCGGACGGGUUUGUUUCUUGGACUUUCAUGUCUGUUGCGCACUGGGGUGAAAAAGGAGAUGGCGAAUGGAGACUCAAGGCAAGAACAACGGAAGAAACGAAUACCAUUGUAUUUAAAAACUGGAGAUUAAAACUAUACGGGGAAUCGUCAGAUCCCUCGAAGGCAAAGAAUUUUGAGUUUGGCAAUGACGACGAGAAUGCUUCUCCGACCACAUCUAGUACCCCAAUGGAGCCAACUAGCUCAUACGAUCCAACAACUUCGGCCUCAACGUCUUCAGUUAUCACAGCACCCGUAUCAUCAAGUGCCUCCCCUCAAGAUAACUCCGACGUGAAUAAACCAAAUCUCCUGACACCGCCUUUUGCCGGAAUGCAUUAUUAUCUUGCUGUGUUUGCAGUUGGAGCUGCCGUUUUGCUCUUGUAUUUCGUCUUCUUUGUUAGGUCAAGAAGACUCAUCAGAAGAACUCGUGCCGAAACAUAUGAAUUUGACAUCAUAGACACAGAUUCAGACUAUGAUUCGUCGAUGAACAGUGUUGCAAACCCAAAUUCGGACUUACAAGAGGGAGAUGACGCUAAUUUUGAUUUCGAUCUCGACCUUUCUGAUGAGGAACUCUUGAGAAGCAGUUCAGGGUCACCUAAUCCUACAAAUGUUUCCACAAAGAACCAGGAAGGAAGAACUUUGGAUGAAGUGCUAGAGAGUACGGACAAGAACAGUCCUCAUGGUGGAAACGAUGGUGAUGGUGCCACGCGUGUGACAGAUUCGUCAAAGAAAUGA